CUCACGUGGAGAUGCCGCCAAAUCUACCAUUGAAUCAUUUAACUGUUGGAUUAGUAUAAAUACAGUUGGAAGUGGUUCAGAAGGCACUAUUGGUUUUGCCUUUGCAGAAGACAGACUAAACGCAGCAAACAUGAAAUUCAUUGUUGUAGCUCUCGCUUUCAUCGGUGCCGCUUCAGCCGGCUUCGUCGCCCCAGCUGUUGGCUAUGCUGGUUACGGUUAUGCCGGAGCCCUCGCUGCCCCAGCCCUUGGACACGCCUAUGCUGCCCCAGCUUUCGGUCAUGCUAUCGCCACCCCAUAUGCCGCUGCCCCAGCCGUAGCCGCUGUUGCUCCAGCUGUUUCAUAUGCUGCCCCAGCUGUCGCUGCUCCAAUCGUUAAGUCAGUCUACUCUGCUCCAGUUGCCGCCUCUGUUGCUCCAGCCAUCUCAUACGCUGCUCCAGCUAUUGCUGCUGCUCCAGUCGUAAAAUCCUUCGCCACUGUUGCCCCAGCUGUCUCAUACGUUGCUCCAGUUGCCACCGCUGUUGCCCCAGCUAUUGCUGCUGCUCCAGUUGUUAAGUCUGCCUACGUUGCCCCAGCUGUCACCGCCGCUGUUGCCCCAGCUUUCGGACACGGAUACGUUGCCCCAGCUGUCUCAGCCUACUCUGCUGGUUUCGCCGCUCCAGCUUACACCGGUUACGGAUACGGAAUCGAUGCCUGGAAGAAGAAGGCUGCUCAUUAAAUUUCCUAAACUUAGCUUUAGUUAAUUUAUUAUGAUUGGAAUUGGCAAAUAGACCCCUUUAGCUCGAAA